AGAAGAGGAUUCCCAACUUGCAGAGAAGCUAAUGCUAGCCGAGCCGUCCCGCGUAGUUUCUUAGCAAAAAGUUUCACGUAGAAAAGAAAAACCCAAGAGCACGGCUGACUUUAAUCUCUCAGACACGAUAUACCAUAUGCUGUAAAAAGUAUUAUCUAAGUGAAUACAGUGAGGUUGGCACUUGCCGGGUAUGGCAUCACGUCAGUACUCCCAUAGAAGCCACGACGGGACCGCGAACACAUCAUGCAGCGACACAGAGGACGAGCCCAAACUGGCCCUCAGUCAGUUUUAUCCAUAUAUUCGCUGCGCGCUUUGCUGCGGUUUCCUCAUCGACGCCACCACCAUCACAGAGUGCCUGCACACAUUUUGUAAAUGCUGCAUUGUGAAGCAUUUCUUCUGUAGCAACAAGUGUCCAACAUGCAGCAUUGUGGUUCACCAGACACAACCUCUGUACAACAUCAGGCCGGACAGACAGCUGCAAGAUAUCGUUUACAAAAUGGUUCCAUUCCUAGAAGAGUUUGAAAGAGAAAGAAUGAGCAACUUCUACAAAGAGCGGGGGCUGCCUGUGCCCAAAUCAGUGGUUUUUCCCCCUCAAGUUCCUGUCGUGUGGAAGAAGCAGAAAAAAGACAUUUUUCCAUCAUCUGUGUUUACCAUGCCACCUGAGCUGAAUGUAUCUCUGCUCCUGGAGUUUGUUGGGGCUGAAGAGGGCAUUUGUGGCUAUAAGCUACUGGAAAGGCGAUACGUUUGUGUGUCGGGGGAGGCCACCAUUCGCCACGUGGAGCUGUUCAUUCGAAAGAAAAUGGAUCUGUGUCAUACAUGUCAGGUGGAUAUAGUUUGUGGAGAUCACCUCCUGAAUCACAGCCAGUUACUGAAAGACAUACAGAACUCUGUGGGCAAAGACGCACUACAGGAUGGACUGUUGGUGCUGCACUUUGGUCUGGUUCGGCCCUCCCAGUCCUGAACACAAGGUUUUACUUUUUUGGGCUGCUGCUUUUUUAUAUUUAGGAGACAAAUGUGUAUUUCUCCAAUAAACAAGUAUUUACUAAAUGCUUUAGAACUGUCCUGAAUGUGAUGAUGGAGCUGAAAUUAUUUUGUUUUUUGAUACAAUAUUUGAUUAGACUUGUGACCUGAAUUAUCUGUUGAAGCAGGUUGCUGACAAUACUUAGUUCAGUACUGGAGGGAGUCAAAGAAUUUUUGAUUUGUUAAUGUUCAGUCUGCAGUUAUAAACAUGAAAUAAAUGUUCACAUUAAGACAA